UUAUUGUCACUGACUAGGGUAUUCAAAUCAAAUUUAGAGUCUACAUCAAAUUCCAACCAUCCAAAUUUUUCAAAGUUUUUAAAAGUAAACACAAUAACAAGAGAGUGUCGAUAAGAAAACCUGGACUUUUAUACAUCUUAAAACAGGCGACGAUAAAAUUGAGGAUUUGAAAUAACUAAAUUUAAGAGCGCAAUACACAGGAUGCUGGCCCACAGGAUGCAGCUUUUGAGGACGGCGAACAGCGCCGCUGCCCUCAACUCCGCCGCCAGUCGCCUGGCUACACAGAACUCUUCUAGUAACCGAAGGGAGCUUCACUUGCAAAGGCUUGUCGGAACAUGUGAUCAGCCACUAAUCUCCUCCAAGCUCGCUCUGAGUCCUCGACAGAUUCGCUUCGCAAGUGGGGGAGUCACGAUUUCUGCCGGCGCUGCAUCUGGAUCAGGCGGAACGGGUGGCGCAGAUUACUUGGAAGCAGUGCCCUCAACUCAGCUGGUGGAUCUACCUGAUAUACCCGCUGCGCCCACUCCCCCCUCUUUGGUUGAUGGCGCUGUCGAAUUGGUCAACUUGGUGAACGCGUCGGGAGAGCCAACAUUCGCCUCGAUCGGAUUGGGCGGCUGGUCGCCUGUGGGCAUAGUGCAGAAUUGUAUGGAGUUCCUGCACUGCACCUGGGAGCUGCCCUGGUGGGGGGCCAUCGCAGUUGGUACCCUGGUGGUGCGUACCAUUAUCUUCCCUCUGGUGAUUCUGGCCCAGAGGAACUCAGCCAAGAUGAACAACAACAUGCCACAGAUGCAGUUGCUUCAGCUGAAGAUGACAGAGGCUAGGCAAUCGGGCAAUGCCAUUGAAUCUGCCCGAUAUGCCCAGGAGAUGAUGCUGUUCAUGAGGGAGAAAGGCGUCAACCCCCUGAAGAAUAUGGUGGUCCCGCUGGCACAGGCUCCACUUUUCAUCAGCUUCUUCAUGGGCCUGCGCCAGAUGGCCAAUACCCCCGUAGAUUCGAUGCGCGACGGAGGACUGUUUUGGUUCACGGAUCUCACGCUAGCGGAUCCCCUUUACCUACUGCCGCUGAUAACAAGUGCCACCUUGUACCUGACCAUUGAGAUUGGAACGGAUUCGGCUCGGCUAUCCGCCGCCAACAUGAACACCAUGAAGUAUGUGCUGCGUGCCCUCCCCAUCGUCAUCUUCCCAUUCACCAUGAACUUCCCGGCGGCGAUUCUUACAUACUGGGCAUGCAGCAAUUUUAUUUCGUUAGGCCAAGUAGCCCUGCUGCGGAUCCCCUCGGUUCGAGACUACUUCAAGAUCGAGAAGAUGCUGACACACGCGCCCAGUGCACUGCCGCCAAAGAAAGGAUUCGUCGGAGGCAUGAAGGAGUCCUGGGAUAACAUGAAGAUCUCAAAGGAAAUCGAGGAGCGGCAGAGGCUGGACGAGAUCCGAUUCGCCAAGGCAGGCAAGGGCCCACUCGUCAAGACGUACAAAUUCGAUCCAACCAAAACAGCGAAGUCUGUCAAUGUCGACCCACACAUGCGGUUAAAGGAGCCUCCCAAUAAGCAGCGAUAGUUGAUCGUUUCCCCCGCCGUCUGUUCCAGGACUCGAGCGCUGUGUCUUGUUACGUUUAACUUAACCAUUUAGAUGAUAGUUUCACCUGCACCAAACUCCAAAGUUUUGCGACUAAAAUAUAAAAAUUUGUAUACCAUUAUGACAGAGAUUUUAACGCUGCGACAAAAAACUGACCUGAAUUUAACUGAAACCAAGAGUUCCAUUUUAAUUUCAAAGAUUAAUGGGGAAAGGCGUGAUAAUUACGUUGUAAAGUGGAACUAUAAAAUCUUUACGGAAGCUAAAACCUAUUGAAACUAUUAAAAUAAUUGAUAUUAUCUAGUGAUUAUCUCAGUAAUUGUUACAGCACACAUAUAAGAUUAAUUUUGUUAGUACAUCUAUCGUGAACAUCUUGGAAAAUAUAGGAAAUCUAUCAUACUA